UUUGUUUUGUUUGCAGUUGCGUUUAGGCUAUAUGAUCUGAGACAAACAGGGUUUAUUGAGCGGGAGGAAGUUAAGCAGAUGGUAGUUGCCAUUUUGAAUGAAUCCGAAAUAAAAUUGUCAGAUGACCUUGUUGAAUCGAUCAUUGACAAAACAUUUGCUGAUGCUGAUACUGACAAGGAUGGUAGAAUCAAUAAAGAUGAAUGGAAGGAAUUUGUGAUUCGUAAUCCGUCCCUUUUGAAGAACAUGACUCUUCCUUAUCUAAAGGAUGUCACGACGAUAUUUCCCAGUUUUGUUUUCAAUACUGAGGUUGAAGACUGAAAAUCCAACAUGCUUUCGACCUUGGUGAUUUAGUACAUAAGAAGCUGCAUUGUAUCUUAUUAAUUUGUCUUUGCAGGCAUAAAUAAUAAUUUUGAGCGUAAAUUAUGUAACUUGAGCUUGGAAACUCAGAAUGACCUGAAUUUAGAAGCUUUGGAAAGCUAAGAAAAAGAGCUAUAACUUUCAUGUUUCGGGUUUUUCCUAAUUCUUACUAGACAAGGAUGAAAACUUAGCUUGAAGUUGUGAAAGGUACGCAGGGAACUGAAGAAAAACGUCUUCAAACAUACUUUAGUAUUUCUGCCAUAACUUGAGCUGUAGACCUCAGAUUGUGCUGAUUCUUGAACGAUCAAAAAGAUAAUUGAAAGGGCUACAAUUCAUAUG